AGAACCUUGCGAUGAUGGCAACACUAUUGAUGGUGAUGGAUGGUCUUCAAGUUGAGAUGAGGUUGAAAUUGGAUGGAGAUGAGAUCAAUCUAGUCCAACUCAAUGUCAACGAUACUAUAAAUCUAUCCCUUUAAGUGACCAAGAAAAGGCUAUGCAAGGCUCGAUGAUUUCAAUUAUUGCAGUUGUAGUAUCUCUCAAUAUCAUUGGAGGAAUGAUGAGUAAGUCAUCUACAAAUUCUGUAUUAUCUUCUUGAAACCAGCUCCAACUCUUGGUGCUUCUAUUGCUACUAGAUAUCUUUCUGUCUUUGAAAGUGAUAAACUAUCUCAGGUCUUUGUCAUCAUCUUUAUUUAACAUCAAAAUUGGCUGGAGCUUUUUCAUCGUAUUCAAGAAGCUAGCUGAUUGGUUCGACUACCCUCAAGAGAGAGUUGACUUAGAUAUGAUAGAUAUCAGUUCUGGAAGCACGUUGCUCAACCUAAACAUACUGAUUGCAAUCAUGAUGGUAUUUAUUGUGAGCCACCUUAUCUUCAUGCUACUCGAAAAAUGUAGCAAGAAGUCUAAUCGCAUAAUCCCCAGAUUCUUCAGGAAGGUAUGCAGCGCCUUUACAUUCGGAAUGUAUGUAGUCUUGAUUUAUGAAGGAUUUAUCAACUUAUGACUGUGUGUAUUUUCUGAACUGAGAAGGUUUGAGGUAACAAACUCUGGUCCUGAGCAAGCUUCCUCCUACUCAGCAUUCUUCUUCUGUGGGUUCAUACUAGUGAUUUUCUGCACUGUGAUAGGAGUUUGGAUAAACACAAAAAUCAUCAAGAAGAAGUUCCUACGACGUGAACUAUUUGAAGGGUUCAAGCCAGCCAGAAUGGCUAGGCUCCAUCCUCUGAUGUUCUUAAUCAGAAGAGCUAUCUUGUGCUUGAUGAUAAUCCACUUAAGAUUCUUGCAGAGAUCUCUCUUCCUUGGGCUUUAUUCAGUGGUGAACUUGGUCCACUGACUUAUGAUAUGUGCUAUUAGGCCAUUCCAGAAAGUCCCUGAAAACAUCACAGAGGUAGUCAAUGAGGUGUUUUACCUUGGAUUUUGCUCAUUCCUCUUCUUCCAUUACAAGGAAACACACUGGAACAAUACAAAAGCUUCAAUUUUUUAACUGGGUGUUGGUCUCAAAUAGUAUUUUCAAUGCUCUUUUCUCAAUAACUGUCUUUAUUUAUACAGUUAUCAAGAAGAGAAAGAACGUUGCAGUAGAUCCAGAUCAAGGUGCAUACAACAAUCCUGAAGCGAAUCGAGAGCAAAUAAGUUUUAGUCUCCAACAGAUCUCCUACUAAGCGAGAAAGAAUGGAUCGACACAGUGCAUGCUCUCUCAGAGGUAACAAUAGGAGUAGGUUUCCCUUUGCUAAUUCAGCCAUUUUUCACCAGACCAGCUAGAAUCUGCGAGAGAAGCUCUCGAUGUACGGUGCUAACAUUAAGCUGGACAGUUAAAUUGAAAUUCCU